CUUUGGUCCCUUUCCCCCUCCAUGUGGGGCGUGGCCAUUUUUUAGAAGUUGGUAGAAUAUAAGAAAGGAUCUGGUUCUUUAGCUAGAUCACCCGCAAGCGUCAAGAUCCUUUCAUUUGUUAGUACAAGAUGUCUGCAGAGGUUCUGAACAGCACCAGCCUGCCUGCUGGACAGUCCUCUCCCUGGCAUGCCAACAUCUCGUUGUCGGAUAGUGCUCUUCAGCGGGUUUUUGCAGGAUGGUCGGUAUGGCAGUGGGCCAUUACCAUUCUCCUGGGAAUGAUUGUGUAUGAUCAAGUAAUGUAUCUGAAAAGAAAAGGAUCUAUCGCAGGUCCAACAUUCAAGAUACCAUUCGUUGGACCUUUUCUCCAAGCGAUUCAUCCCAAGUUCGACGCAUAUCUCGCACAGUGGGCGAGCGGUCCCCUUAGUUGUGUAUCAGUAUUCCACAAAUUCGUGGUUCUCGCAUCGGAUCGAGAUGUAGCUCACAAAGUGUUCAAGUCGCCAAACUAUGCAGAGCCAUGCCUCGUCCCCAUCGCCAGAGAUAUCCUGGGCCACAAGUCGUGGGUUUUCUUGCAAGGAAGAGCUCACGCCGAGUAUCGAAGAGGCCUGACGCCAUUGUUUACGAACCGAGCUCUGGCAACCUAUCUGCCGGUGCAGGAGAAGGUAUUGGACGAGUACUAUGAAAAGUUCGUUCAAUUGAGCGCAGCCAAUAAAGGACGGCCGACGACAUUCAUGGCUAUGUUCCGCGAGAUCAACUGUGCGCUCUCAUGUCGCACUUUCUUCGGAGACUACAUUUCUCAAGAAGCCGUAAAGAAGAUCGCUGAUGACUUCUAUCUUGCCACCGCCGCACUUGAGCUUGUCAAUGUUCCAUUAUCAAUGUACAUUCCAUACACCAAGACGUGGCUGGGCAAGCGAAUUGCAGAUGCCGUGCAUGCUGAAUUUGCCAGAUGCGCAGGGGCUUGUAAGGCAAACAUGGCCACUGGUGCCGAACCUACCUGCAUCGUGGACCAUUGGGUUCUUCACAUGAUGGAGUCACAACGGUACCGGGAGAAGAUCGCUGCGGGAGAGCCUGCAGAGCGGCCUUCGAAUAUGAUCCGCGAGUUCACCAACGAAGAAAUAGGAGAAACACUCUUCACGUUCCUUUUCGCGUCACAGGAUGCCUCCAGCAGUGCCACUACUUGGUUGUUCCAGAUUCUUGCACAGCGACCCGAUGUACUCGACCGACUCCGCGCGGAGAACUUGGCUGCACGCGGCGGCGACCGGUUCAAGCCUUUUGAUCUCCCUAUGCUGGAAUCACUCACAUACACCAACGCUGUUAUCAAGGAAAUCCUCCGCCAUAGACCGCCCGUCAUAUUCGUCCCAUACCUCGCGACGAAGAACUUCCCGGUCUCUCCGAACUACACCGUCCCUAAAGGCUCGAUGAUUAUCCCAUCCUGCUACCCGGCCCUGCACGACCCAGUCGCAUAUCCUCAACCAAAUGUGUUUGAUCCUGACCGCUGGAUCACCGGCGAUGCUGAAUCGCAAACCAGGAAUUGGCUCGUCUUCGGCGCGGGUGCUCACGAUUGUCUGGCCAGAAGAUACGUGCCGCUUUCCAUGGCAGGUAUGAUUGGCAAGGCAGCAUUGGAGCUCGAUUGGGAGCAUCAUGCCACCGACAAAUCCGAGGAGAUCCGCGUUUUUGCGACACUUUUCCCCAUGGAUGAUUGUCCUUUAGUUUUUAGAAAGCGACCAGCAUGAAAAAGUGAUUUUCUUUGAAAAUAAUAUAGGAUAAAUUAAUAGUAAUAAAUACAAUUGCAUUCCAAUGAAUUCUCAUGCCAG